UUAACGUCGCCUGUUUUUCCGGAAUGUUAACAUGUUCUGAUUCACCCAGCAAGCGAUGAAUGAAACGAGCACAGCGGGGACCGGACCGGCGGAGGUUCUGUUUACUGCGGGCUGCCGUGCCCAGGUCUUCGGGCUGAUAGGAGGAUGGAGCCGAGGCUAAGCGGGGAUGGCAAGCCGUCCGUGUCCUGGUUCCUCGGCCCGGCCCUCAUCUUCUCCCUCCUUGUUGUGUUAGCGAGCUGUCAUGGGACGUGCAAACACCGAGUGCCCUCUCCCACUGAGGUUGUCCAUCAUGUUUACUUGAGGCCUGAGCGCUUGACUAAAAGAAGCUCUCCUGAUGACCUCCAGCUGAAGAUUAAAAUCAUUUAUGACUACAGCGUUGACCAGCUUCCUGCAGACAAGAGGAGACUGGUAAAGGACAAGCUUUUCCCCCAGGCUAUUGACUACCUGCAGAGGGCCUUCAGUGUGAGGCACAGGGUGGGGCCUGUGUUGCUCAGCAGACAAUGUGCAACCAAUCAGUACCUGAGGAAGAGAGAUGACCCUCAUCGCUACUGUCAGGAUGCCUGUGCAGAUGUCACCCGCUGUGGCCCUGUCAUUGUUCCACAGCACCACCUGCAGCAAUGUAAGGUGUGCAGUGAGUCGGGGAAGUCAUGUGGCCCCUUGGGCCCCCCAGAUGGCCCUGGGGUGGAAGGGUCAGACUUUGUGCUAUAUGUCAGCGGUAUCACCACUGAGCGCUGUGGACAGGAGAACAUAGUGGCCUACGCUGCUUACUGCCAGCUGGAGGCAGAGCUGGACAGACCUAUAGCAGGCUAUGCCAACCUGUGUCCUGCCAUGAUCUCCUCUCAGCCUCAGGAGUUUGAAGGGAUGCUCUCCACUGUUAAACACGAGAUCAUCCACGCUCUGGGGUUUUCAGCAGGCCUAUUUGCCUUCUACCAUGACGAUGAGGGUAAGCCUCUGACUCCUCGCUUCGCCAGUGGCUUGCCUGCCUUCAACGAGAGCCUGGGUCUGUACCAGUGGAGUGAGGCAGUGAUCAGGAGUGUCAGCAGGCUGUGGGACAUCAGAGGAGGGGUGAUGGUCCGCCACCAAGUGCACGUCCUUGUCACACCUCGUGUUGUGGAAGAGGCGAGGAGACAUUUUAACUGCCCCAUCUUGGAGGGAAUGGAGCUGGAAAACCAGGGAGGGACUGGAACUGAACUCAACCACUGGGAGAAGAGACUGCUGGAGAAUGAGGCGAUGACAGGCUCACACACCCAGAACCGUGUGUUUUCUCGUCUGACACUGGCAAUCAUGGAGGAUAGUGGCUGGUACAGAGCCAACUACAGCCUGGCCCAGAGGUUGGACUGGGGCCGGGGCCUCGGCUGUGACUUUGUCAUGAAGAGUUGCAAGUUCUGGAUGGACAAACAGAGGCAGAGACGGCAUGCUGUGAUACCAUAUUGCAACACAGUGCGAGCCUCUCCUCUUCAGCUGACGUGCAGACAGGACCAGCUGGCUGUGGCUGUCUGCAACCUGCAGAAGUACCCACAGGAACUGCCACUAGAAUACCAGUAUUUUGAGCAGAUUCCAGAUGUGGCUGCUGAUCAGCUGUCAUUCUUUGGGGGCGCUGUGGAGAUCGCUGACUACUGUCCCUUCAGCCAGGAGUUUAGCUGGCACCUGAGUGGAGAGUAUCAAAGAAAUUCCUUCUGUAGAGUGUCUGAGAAUCAGCCAGACUGGUGGAGGAAUUAUGGGGCAGAGCAAUAUGGACCAGACUCUGUGUGUCUGUAUCAGAAGUCAGCCUUUGUUAUGGAGCAGUGCACCAGGAAGAUGACUUUCCCUGACUGGGGGUCUGGAUGCUACAAGGUGUCAUGCUCAGCUCAGGGCCUCAUGGUGUACGUUCAGGAUCGUUCCUUCUCCUGCUUCCGUAAAGGUCAGCUGCUGAGCGUAAGCGUCCGAGUAAGCGACUGGGUUUACAACGGCGUCUUAAUCUGCCCCGCCUGCUCUGACUUCUGUGAUGACUGCCCUCUCCCCUACCAGCUCCCACCCAUCAACAUCUCCAGGAGUAACCCCAUUGACCCAUGCUCCAGUUCUCCAGGUCUGGUCAUUACUCUGUGGCUCCUACUACUCAACCUGCUUCCCCUGAUGGCUGGACUUCUGCUCUGCCACUGCAGCUGA